AUGAUAUUCCAGGAAGUUAUAACUGUUAUAACUAUUGAAAAUCUUCAAAUCAGAAGAAAUAAUAUUCUUUUAAGAUCCAUUCUGGUCUUAAAUAACAAACUUCAGAAAAUGUGUACUAAGAAUAAAUGA